AUGGAGGUUAUUGAUAGUAAUGUCAACCUUGAAAACUAAUAAGCAAGUUUAGCUUCAAUGUUUGAUAAAUCAAUGAGACCUAAGGUUGGACUUGGAGUAAUGAUUUUGAAUGAGAACGAUGAAGUGCUAGUAAGUUAGAGAAAAACUCCUGGAUAGGCUGGUGAUGGCUUAUGGUGCUUCCCAGGAGGUCAUUUAGAAUUCGGUGAGUCCUUCCAAGAAUGUGCUCAUAGAGAAGUUGAAGAGGAAGCAGCUGCGACAUUGAAUUUUGAAAGCAUUAAAUAUCUGACUACUGUAAACGCUUUUGAUAGACCCACAGGAUAUCAUUACAUUGUGAUUUAUAUGUUCACUAAGGUACUUAAAGAUCAACAUGAGUUCAAGAAUAUGGAACCUAAUAAACAAACUGAUUGGCAAUGGAUUAAGUGGAAUGAAUUUGUAAAAUUUGAAAAUUUGUUCUAGCCAUAUAAAUUCUUCUUCAAAUAAGGAUUUAAUGACCUGGCAAAUAUAAAAAGAGCUGUGAGUGAUUUAUGA